AUGGAAAGAAUACCAGGAACACCUGAUUACAACGUAUUUCUACCCGGCCAUAUCCGGCUUAACUUUACUUGGACUAGUAUAGGAAAUUCAAAAAAUCCACUUUCACAUAUCCUUCACAAUUUGGACAUGGAUAUUUGUCAAGUAGGUUUUACCGGAGACCGAAUUGUUUCAACGUUUCCAUUCUUACAAGCACUUGCAACGAAAUCAUUUAUUGUUUAUAAUCUUCAUGCUCGAAGUCCAAAGUAUUUGUGUACACGUAUAGCAAAAUAUUGCAACAGAGGAUUCAAGCUUUUACAAUCUAUUGAUUUCGAUGGUGAUUUUGAUUUAUUGAUGGCACAAGAAGAAAUAUCAUUGUAUCGCAUUGAGUAUCAUCAGUAUAUUGAUGAUGAUGGUGAAAUUCAACUUGCUACAAAAGAAUAUCGCCGAGGAUUUCUACACAACAUCGAUACAUUUCGACUUCAAGAGAAAUUCAUGCAUAUGGUUUGUCCUCAAUUAUUGCGAUAUACAUGA